AUGAAUAUUAUUACAAANAGACAGGCAUACUCAACUGAUUUUAACAACGGCUACUGGUUAGGCGCGACCAAUGGAACGCUCACCAAUGUUUGGCAGUGGAGUGACGGAGCGGCCGUGCAAAUGGGUGCUCCGUACUGGGCCACCAACACUGGAGAGAAUUUAGCAACAGAACCUAACGGUGGAACGAGUGAGAACUGUGCUUAUAUAAGUGGUUCCUAUGGCUGGUUAUUCCGAGACGGCGGAUGUACGUCCGUUUUAUAUCCUCUGUGCUUAAGACCUUCAGUAGAUGGUCUCUGUCAGCAUCCUUUUGUUUUGGUUGGCACUCAAUGUGUUCACAUAAUUACCGAAUACUACGUCUGGCACGAGGCUCGCACCCAGUGUGGACUGGUCGGUGGGGAUCUGUUUGUUGUAGACGACUGCGAUCAGUACCACAAGGUUGCCCUCUACCUCGAUGAACAAGGUAACUCAUACUACUGGAUCGGGGGCUCAGAUAGGGCCGUGGAAGGGCAAUGGCGCUGGGUUGACGGUUCGCCGAUGACUACGCGGCUGCCUUAUUGGGGAACUACUGCAUUUGGGAAUCUAGAACCCGACAAUCCUGGCGAACAGAACUGCCUGGAGCUGAACUGCGCGUGGAUGUACCGCUUCAGCAGCGCGUGGUGCAGUGAUGCAAGACGUGUGAUCUGUGAGGCAGACCCCAUCUAGAGGAGUGCUGUUCAUGCCCCAUCUAGAGGAGUGCUGUUCAUGC